AUGGCCCGAUUCAGUCUCUCAUUCCUCUCUAUUUUCCUCGUCCUUGCGGUCCUCACUCUCUCCAUGCCCACCAAGCGUGAUGAGAAAGCCGCCAGUCAACCGCUUGGACUCGAUGGUCCUAUUGGCGAUUUGGUUCAAAAAGGAAAAAGCGGACAAGAAGGCAGCCCUGAAGGAAGAGGCCAAAAGGCCGAGGCCAAGGCCUAUUCGAAGCUGGCUGAGCAGAGUUCGGCUUCUGGCAAGCCGACUCCGACUCCAACCCCUACCAACAAGCUUUCCUCCGGCAAUUUUGUGACCCCAACUGCUACCCCCCACCCACAAGCCCACAUCUGCACCUAA